GAAGGCAAGACGAAAGCUGAGAUUGCCAGGCUCCUUGGUCGGUCCGAGCAGUUUGUCGCCAAGUGGUGGCAGAAGGACGAGCGAGAAAUUCCCCGCCCCUGGGGUGUUCAUGAGUACAUGUCCAAAGAGCUCGGCACGAAAACUGCAACGAGCCAAGCCACGCUGUCUGAGAACUCAGAGGUCUCCACAGCCGCCUGGUGGCGGGACGUCGAGGUUCGACGGAAGUACCACGUGGAUCCCGAUGUUUACGACGAGCUCCUGAACAACACGGAGUGGAAGUCGUCCGCCGCUCGCACCCGAGAUUUCUCCACUGGAGCCUCCCAUGUCAAGUACGACAAGGAGGGGAAGAUGAAGUUGCAGGGGAACCAGAGUGCCAAGUACACCAAAGGAUCAUCCCCGGCUUUUGACAAGAUGCUUCAAAAGUUCUUUUCCGAGUAUGGCCUGGCAGAGCGGACAUCCGGCAUAGGACUGAACUGGUACCCAGAUGGCGAAUCGGUACUCGGAAGUCACCGCCACGAUUGUUGGACUGCUUUGUUCUCAUUCGGCGACGAACGCAUUCUGACGAUCGACAAGACGCCUCUGCUCCUUCAAGACUGCGACCUCGUAAUCUUCGGCACGCAGCGGCAUGGCGUCCCGAAGAUGCCAGAGAUCAAGGGCGGACGCAUCACGGUGCCCAUUUUCUUCUACCCGACCCACAUGCAGAUGAAGAAGCAGUGGCAGACUCUGACCGAUCCCGAGGAUCCCCGUCGCUCCAAUGAGCUGGCGAAGCUGCAGUCCACGCACCAGCUCGGCAGCGAUGCGAUGGGUCAGACGUUGUGGAGCGAUCCUCAGCGCAGCUUGGCUUUGGAGCAGCUUUUGCAGCUCGGCUUCGAUCUCGACGCAUCGCGCAAUGCGCUGCAGGCUUCCGCCUUCGACCCAGAGCAGGCUGCCGAGCUUCUCCUUCUCUCGGGAGCAGCGGACCUUGAUCUGGAUCAGAUUUCCGGAAGUGCCCAGGCGGCUCUGCAGAAUGACCAGGAGGAGGCUGUGCCUUCGAGCUCUUCGGGUCCCUUGCUGCGCGGUGCUCGCUGGGCCAAGCGAGGUCCAAGCACGGCGGAGGAUGAGACGCUGGCUCUGAAACUGCAGUUCGAAGACGAGAGUUUGCUGCCCUUUGCUGCUGGAGCUUGCUGCGACAUGCAUGUCGAAGACAUGGAUGCCGCUAUUGCUGCGCAGAUGGAGGAGGAAGAGAAUGCUGGCGGUGAUGACAAGACUUUCCUCCUGGCACAGCAGUUUGAAGAGUACGAGCAGCAGAUGAAGCGUGAUGAUGCGGAGAAAUGGCAUGGCAAAGGUGAUCUCAUGCAGUCGAACUUCGCUCGGGAAAAUCUUUCAUUGCAGACCAUGGAGAAGGUCACGUGCUACUCGCUUGGCCAUGGCCAGCUAAGUGAGAAGAGCUUCUAUGAGCUGCUCCAGGUGAGCUCCAUCAAAGUUCUCUACGACUUCAGGGCCAGCGACCACCGGGGAGAGGUGCAUUCACCCCAGCCACACUUCGCUGUCCGAGCGCUGAAAUCCAGCUGCCGGGUCCGGGGCAUUGCCUACAAGCAUGCCGCGCGGCCUCGCGAACGGGUUUGA